AUGGGGGCGGAGGAGAAGGAGGAGGAGGAGGAGGAGGAGGAGGAGGAGGAGGAGGAGGAGGAGGAGGAGGAGGAGGAGGAGGAGGAGGAGGAGGAGGAGGAAGGGGAACGAGGCCUCUUCGUCUGCUCACCUGGAAAUUAUCCCUCCGCUGGUCCCUCUGUCUCCUCUUCAGCGCCUUCCGCUCCCCCCUCUACCCCCACCUCUUCCCCGUCUGCGCCUUCUCCUCCCCCGUUUGCGCCCGCCCGUCCCCACAUCCCCGCCGGCACGCCUCUUGCUGUCCGUGCCUCUGCGCGCCACGCUAUGGGUGCCUCUGCACGCCACUCAGCAGGAGGGGGAGGCGGAGGAAGGGGGGUAGCGGGGAGUCCAGUGCAGCGACUGGCGAUCGCGCUGCUGCAGGCAGUCUGUGGAGAAGGGGAGGGAGGGGUGGGCGGUGGGGAGCGGGAGGGAGGGAGGGGAGUAGUGGGGAAAGAGGCUGGUUGGGAGAAGGCGAUGCAGGGAGUUCAGACUCUGGCUGAUUGGAGCGAGGAGGAGUUAGAGCACCUGCAGUCGCCGCCAGCAGCAGCGGAGGUGCGAGGUUACGCGGCAGAGAUGGCAGCAAUGGAAGCGGCAGUGUCUGCUGCCGUGCCAGGGGCCGGGAGAGAGAGAGCCCGCUGGGCUCUGCGCAUUGUUACCUCACGUUCCUUUUCCAUCUCUAAUGCCGCUGACCCUGCCGGUGCUGCUGCUGGUGCUGCCAGUGCUCCCGGUGGUACCAGUGCUACCGAUGCUGCCGAGCCUGCCGUCCUUGCUCAUCCUGCCGAACCUGCCAAGGCUGGUGGUGCUGCGGAGUUCAGAGGAGCCGCUGUGGACACACCGCUCAGGGAUGGGGACAGGGGUGGCGGAUCGGGGGAAGAAGUUGCCAUCUGCAUUUCAGGUAUGUGCCUCUCUUGCCAUCCUCUGCGCUUCUGUGAGGCUGGUUGGAGAUGGCAUGCAUGGGUAGUGUCUGAUGGGGUAGUGUCUGAUGGGGUAGUGUCUGAUGGGGUGCUGGUGCUGCUGGUGGACAUGGCCCAUCCUCGUUACAAGACAUUCGUAUCCCACACCGUGUCCUCUCCCCUCCCCUCUCCUCUCCUCUCCUCUCUUCUCCUCUCCUCUCCUCUCCUCUCCUCUCCUCUCCUCUCCUCUCCUCUCCUCUCCUCUCCGCUCCACCCCUACGUGCUGGUGGACAUGGCCAACCACACCUGCAGCGCGACCACACAUUCACAUGCAGCUGUGCAGCCGUCUUACACUCCCUCUACCUCCUUGCUCCUCCAUCCAUGCCCCAUGCGCCUCAUGCCCUAUGCUCUCCUCUCAUUCCCAGGUGCUGCUGGUGCCUCUAGUGGACAUGGCCAAUCACGCCUGCAGCGCUGCCAUGCCACCCAUUCACACGCACCCAUGCAGCCGUCUCACACCAGUCCUCUCUCUCCUCUUCCAACCACGGCAGGUGCUGGUGCCUCUAGUGGACAUGGCCAAUCACGCCUGCAGCGCUGCCACGGAUUCACAUGCUUCUGUGCAGCCUUCCGCCACGUGGCGCAUCAGGAGAGGGCGGACGCAGGUGGGAGAGUGGGGGAUGCAUGUGGAUUUGGUGGUGAAACUAGAGGGCUGGGUAGAGCUGAAGAGGGCUUCGCGUCCACGCCGUCCCCUCCGCGCUUUGAGCUACUCGCAUCUCGCCCACUGCGCCCCGGCGCCCAAGUCACCAUCAGCUACGGCCCCCUCACCUCCCUCGCCUUCCUCCUCUCCUUCGGCUUCCUCCCGUGCAACAACCCCGCCAACCGAAUCACCAUCUACUCCCACUCCGAGCAAAUGAUGGAUGAUGUGGAGGAGAGGGUCACGCGCCUGCAGCACAAGCGGCACCUGCUCUCACAGAUGACCCCAGAGGACGCUCCUCUGCUCGCCUACACCGGCGGCAUAGAAACAAGGCUGAUGGAGUGUCUGUUCGUGCCGCAUGCACCUUUAGUUUGUGCCAUCGCCCGUGUCACCCAUCCGCCCUGCCUGUCUAACCAUCCAGGCGGCAUAGCAACAAGGCUGAUGGAGUGUCUGCUCGUGCUGCAUGCAUCAUCAGCAGAGGAGCUCGCUCAUCUCGACCACCACUGGACUGCCUCUCGCUCCCUCACUGCUGCCAACGUCUCGCCGCGUACACGCUCCGUGGCAGCCAAGCAGCUGGUGGAUCGCUGCAGGGAGCUCCUGAACGACUACCCAAUCACACUGCAAGCCGAUGAGGCACUGCUGGAGCAGCUCAUGGGAGCCGCGGUGAAUGAUGAGCGGAUUGAGGGGAGUGAGAGGGGUGAGCAUGAGCAGGAGGGGAAAACGCAGCGGCGCUUGCAGGCGGCAGUGGAGUACCGGGUGGAGGAGAAACGGAUCCUUGCAGAUGCCAUUUCUCGCUACGGUAGGAUGGUGUGA